UCUAUUGCAGUGUAGUUGAGAUAAGCUAAUGAAUGCGAAAUAUUAAAAUAUAAAAUUAUGGAAAAUUUGUCAUAAAAUUAUGGAAAUAUAUUAUAAUUAUUAUUGUUAAUUUAAAUCUAGAGAUGACGUUAGAAAUUCAUUUUUUAUUCAAGAAAUUUAUCCAAUUACGACUAAUUUGAAUAAUUUUUUUUUAAACUCUUCAAUGUGUGAUAGAGUUGUUUAAGUUCAAGUCUAUCGUUCUUUUUUUUGUUUGUUUAAUUUACUCUCCACAAUGAGUUACUCAAACUCUGUUUCUCAUUUAGAUUUCCAUAUCAGCCACUCUCGUGUGACGUCCCAUUGGCAUUGAUUUAAAUCUGCUUUUAUCAGUCCAGUUGUGUGCACACAAUCUUUUCGAUAACGAGAAAGCGUCGUAUCAAAUAUACCGUUCAGUUUUGGACCGUUUUUAUCAAAACCUGUUCGUCGUGCCUCAGUCGUGUCUUUUCAGCUGUAGAGUGAAUAGUGCCCUGAAGAUGUCUGAGCUGGUGAGCUUUAGACCAGGCCCAAGAACGGGCCCUCCUGGGAACGAUCACGACAGCGACGACAACGAUUUCAACAGUGUAGUGGAAUCGGAAAAUGACGAACCGAGCUAUCCAUGCGCUAGAGGCAAUGCGGCCUACACCAGCUUAAUGCUGUACCAAGAAAGUAAACCAUACCCUGCCCCGGAGGUAUGUGACCAGGAAAAGGGACAACUUCAACUGCAGAAAAGUGACGAGUCGGACCAGCGUGAACCCACCAACAAACAAAUUAAUGCAGAGCUGAGCAGCUUCGUGCAGAAGAAAUCGUUCGCCCAGAACAUGAUGGACAUUGCUCUGCUGUCGGCAAACACGAAUCAGCUGCGGUACGUGAUCGAUCUGGGCGACAAGCAUCCGUACUACAUGACCAGUCUGAUGCUGAUCAUCGUCAGUCUCGUGAUGCAGGUAGUCGUUGGCCUAUCGAUGCUGUACGUGAAUAGAUACAACAUGAAGAACAGAAGUGAGAUAAAGGCAGCCUCGCACAUGAACAAUCUUUCCGUGGCGGGUGUGUUUAUGGUAACGCUGGUCAACGUGUUCAUAUCCACCUUCAACGGUGCAGGAGCUGGUACACCUCCCAUACCGGAAACUGGCGGCGUGGUAUAUACUGCUACAAACAAUGCGACAGCUUACGCGAUACCAUGAGCAGUAAAGCAACUUUAGCAAAUCAGUUGCGCAUACUUUAGGAAACGGAUUUUUUUCCAAGGCAAUGUUAUGAUACGAAUUGUUAAGAUAAGUUUUUGAAAUGUUACCUAAUUUUCAAGGAAUUUUCAAGGAACUAGUUGCUAGUUACUAGAUACGUUACAAUCAGUCCAUCGCGUUUCUCGGAAUAAUUAGAGCAGAUACAUUUUUUUAUCUGCGAAGUAAGCAAAGUAGAUAUAGACAUGGGUCCAAAAGUCACCUACCUCUUACCUGUGAGGUGCGGCACGGUCUAAUAGAUUAAGGAGAUUAGUGAGAAACUGACACGGAAUGGAAUUUCGGCUUGCAGUGAUAAGGCGACGGUUUCUUAAUCGUCAGACAUUUUUCUAUCAGUGUCACUGUUGCAUAGGAGAUUAAGGGACAUUAAAAUAAACAUCGCAUACGCAA